AUGAGCGCCGCAGCAGCAUCUCCAGCUAAAAAGGUCAAGAAGGCUAGCAAGCCUAAGGUUCCGGCAGCUCACCCAACAUACGCUGCUAUGGUUGCCUCAGCCAUAGGAGCUUUGAAGGAGAGAGGUGGAUCGUCCAAAAUCGCCAUUGCCAAGUACAUCAAUGCUAACUACAAAGUUGGUAACGACUCUACCAAGGUCAAUUCCCGAGUGAAAAUUGCUCUCAAAAGCUGCGUGAAGAAGGGGUCACUGAAGCAAGUUAAAGGCACUGGAGCUUCUGGCUCAUUCAAACUUGGAGAAAAGAAACCCACAGCAGAGAAGAAGCCCAAGGUAGCAGCCAAGAAAGUAAAUAAGCCAAAGGCAGCAGCCACAACGCCAAAGAAAGCAGCGGGUGAAAAGAAAGCCAAGAGUCCCAAAAAGACUGCCAAGAAAGCUGCCGCUAAGCCAAAGAAGGUUAAGACCCCCAAGAAACCAGCAGCUAAGAAGCCAGCAGCUAAGAAACCGGCAGCGAAGAAGCCUGCAGUGAAGAAAGCAGCCAAGAAGCCUGCCAAGAAGUAAACACUUUAGAGUGUUUGGUCAAAAUUGACCCCAUAUCCCAAAAAGUCCUUUUUAGGACUACCCAAUUUCCUCGAAAAACAUCUAAAUAAUGUGUCGAUAAUUUGCGCUUGUUAUUUCUGCUCACCAUUGUAAUCGUUCUUUUCUCAAAGAAUUAUUUUAAGAGUGGUAUUGUACAGCAGUACAAAUGAACAAAUGCAACCAUGUUGGUCUACUGCCUGGUUAAGUUCCUCAUGCCCUAGCCCCUCAAAUAAACAUAGAAUUUUUUUUAUCUAACUAAUAUUUCAGAAGACUUUGGAAUGACUUGCGGAAGAUAAGGUCAAAAAAGAGACGGAACGUGUUAAUUCCUGGGGCGUUCAAAAAUGAAAAUAUCUUAAAUGAAUGAAAAUAUUACAGCAUGCAUCUUUCAGCUGAACUGGUUCACACAACCUAAUCUCAAAAGAGGCAAAAAUAAAAAUAAAGUAAACAUUUAACAUUUACAUCACUUGAUAUUGCUGAUAUUCCUCGCUGUUUCUAUAUGCAUUCAACUAGUUUGUUACGAUGCACAUGCCACACAUCACUCGCCUGGAAAUUAAUUAUAUGAUACAAGGAUGCUUACAGCCAAAUAUGAGUGGGUAAGUCCGACCAUUGUGCAAUAUUGAAACACCACCACAUAGGAAUGCUUAGUUUUAAAUAAAACGUUUAUAGCAAUAUAACCAAAUUGCCCCCUUUUGGUCAUGCACCACCAUCGCUUCAUGUCAAAUUAGGUUAAAUUCCAUUCAGUGGUUAAAGCAAUAGCUGAUGAAUGGAAUGAAAUGAAAAUUUGACCUUCUUUAAAGGUGUUACAUGAUGUUUUUUUGACAGUAUAAUCAUAGAUAUAUUUUUAGCAAGAGUGACCUUGCCGUUAUGAGAUUUUAAAACAAUGUGAAUUUUACAUUAUCAACAUGUUUUGUAAGGGCUUAUAUAAUGUAUUGUAACAGUAUAUUCCCAGUCUAUUUUUAAGCCAUAGUUUCCUUGACCUUAGGAACUUUUUAAACCUUCUAGUCAGCUGUACUUCACAGUAUAUCAUCAGGUGAAAUUUCAGAAAGUUUUGCUUUAAGUCAGUAAGGGGCUUAGUCUAAGUUGGACAGUGACGGAAUACCACAGAUGAAGGAAAAUAUCAGGAUCUUAUGAAAAGGUGAAACAAAGUUCUAUACCAUAAACCCAUUAACAUGGUGGUAAAAAAUAAUAAUGAUGUGGAACAAAUAAUCAGUCAUACAUUCUAUUUAUUCAAUAACAUUUCAAUAAGAUCUUUUAAAUAGGCAGCACUGUACACAUAUAGAUAAUAAAUACAACAAAAUGUAUAACAAAUACCUGCUGGUUACUAUAGUAACAGUACAUAACAAUCACCUAUUACCGCAUUUAUCCUUUAAUAAGGGGUCAACACUAAACUCACGAUUAGAAAGUGGGCUUAUUGCAGGCAAUGAAAAAGCAUUUGUUGCCAUUUUACCGAAUAGCAAUAAACAUGGAUGACCUUAUUACCAGGCAUGGACUUACUGUCGGAUAAAUACGGUAGGUUACUCUGAGAAACAACACAUGUACGCUACACUAGACAUGU